AUGAAACCGAUCCUUUCACGGGUACAUGCUUCGGCUUAUGGAGGACAUUUUGGCCCCACUAAAAUAGCAGCAAAGGUGCUUCAAUGUGGUUUCUUUUCACCUACACUGUUCAAGGAUUGCCACAGUUUUUGUAGAUCAUGUGAUAAGUGUCAGAGAAUCGGUAACAUAUUAGCACGUCACAAGAGGCCACUUAACAACAUUCUAGAGGUGGAAAUAUUUGAUUUCUGGGUGGUUGAUUUUAUGGGUCCUUUUCCAUCAUCUUACAACAAUCGAUACAUCCUAGUGGCAGUGGACUAUGCUUCUAAAUGGGUAGAAGCUAAAGCAUUACCUACAAAUGACGCAAGGGUGGUGGUGGACUUCAUAAAGAAACACAUCUUUGACCGCUAUAGAUCACCAAGAGCUAUUACAAGUGAUGGUGGAACGCACUUCCACAAUUAG